AUGAAGACGUGCAAGACGGUGUCUACAUGCACCCCACUGGAGGAGGCUCAAGGCACGCAUGUGUUUGAUAUCUUGGCUUACAGCAAGCACAAGGGCAUGGGCCACGGCGUGGACGACCUCAUACGCUCAGGGGUUUUCUCCGUCGGCGGCCACGACUGGGUGAUCUUCUUCUUCCCCGACGGGUAUAAAGGACAAUCUUCAGUGCAUAAAACAGGACCUAGGAUUUUCGGUUCUCGUGAUAUUAGUAAGUUUGCUCCGCAGUCUAAUUGUUUCAUAAGGCAUAGCGAGAUCGAGGGAUCCGCGUACCUUAGGGAUGAUCGAUUGACGAUCGAAGGCGUCAUCACUGUUUUCAACAAGCCACAUGUUACCGAAACAAAAUCAUUCCCUAAAAUCGCCUGUUUUCAAGCAUCUGACAUGACUGAGCAUGUUAGCAAGCUACUUGAAGAAAAGCAGGGAUUUGAUGUCAGCUUCAUUGUCGAAGGAGAGACCAUUGAAGCCCAUAGGUUUGUUCUCGCUACGCGCUCGCCUGUUUUCAAAGCAGAGCUCUAUGGGUCGAUGCAGGAGGCGAGGCCGGGGCAAUGCAUAACAAUCAUGGACAUGCAACCUGAUGUUUUCAAGGCCCUGCUCCAUUUCAUCUAUACGGACUGUUUGCCUAGCCGUGAGGAUACCGAGAUGGUCCGGCUUUUACUAGUGGUUGCGGAUAGAUAUCCAAUGGACAGGCUCAAGCUGGUUUGCCAAAGCAUCCUUUGCGAGGAUCUGAACAAGGACACCGUGGCAAUCACAUUGGCUUUAGCUGACCAACAUAACUGCCACCAGCUUAAGAAUGCUUGCCUUGAAUUUAUCGAAUUAUCAAAUUUCACGAGUGCUCUGGUGGCUACACGACGGUUAAAGGAUAUCAAGAAGACUUGCCCAUCUUUCAUAGUGGACGAAUUGGAGAAGAGAACAAAGAGUCGUAAAGCAUGA